AUGCCUCUUCCAGUUCUCGUGGCUGAUGGGCGCAAUCCGGGCGAAGAUGACAUCUACAUGCCGCUUGGGCUGGAUGAGCGGAUGAAGGGGAAGAUUUUGCAAGUCCUCGCCUCCAUCGACGACCGCAAGGUAUCGGGAUUGCGCGUAGGGGGACGACGACUUCGAGUAGAGAUAGAAGGGGUUUGUGUAAUUGGAAAUAUCUUUCACCUCUCUGUCAUCCUCGCCAAGGACAUUAGAAAGGACUUUUUUGUGAGUUACGACAAGAAAGUGAGGGACGCAAUCAUUCUGAACGGCUACAACGUGGCUACCAUUUACUCCACUUGGGAUCCAGACCGGUCGACCUGCGUUGGCUGCGCCGUGCUGAGUCGCUCAUGGAGCGCACACAUACUGCGGUGCCUACAGUCUGUAACCAGUGCUCCCAACGGCACUGAUGGAAUGGGACGGCGGACAGUCCCACACCGGCUCCAUAUGAAGCAGAGCUUUCGCUUGCAGAAGUGA